AUGCCCACCAAGUUCUGCCAGAACGCCUGCGUGUCCCUGACGACCCGUUCCCCUCCCAAGAAGACGCCGCCCCCUGUCAAGGAGGAGCCCGAGGAGCCCGAGGAGCCUGAGUAUCCCGAGCUCGGCGGCUGCGGCCUCGCCUGCGACGCCCCCGGCAUCUGCGUCGUGCCUCUGUUCUGCGGCGGCUUCGCUGGCUUCGGAUGCCCCGAUGGCCUCGAGUGCUGGGACGAUCCUAGGGAUGACUGCGAUCCCUUUAACGGUGGUGCUGACUGCGGUGGUAUCUGCAUCUAA